AUGGCAACUGGUACUGGAUCUCCUUGUGGUGCAUGCAAGUUUCUCCGUCGCAAGUGCGCGGUCGAUUGCAUAUUUGCCCCUUAUUUUUGCUCCGAGCAAGGGCCGGCAAGAUUCGCAGCCAUUCAUAAGGUAUUUGGUGCCAGUAAUGUGUCGAAAUUGUUGCUGCACAUUCCCGCGGCUGAUAGAUGUGAGGCUGUUGUUACUAUUGCUUAUGAGGCUCAAGCCAGGAUUCGAGAUCCCGUUUAUGGUUGUGUCUCUCAUAUUUUUGCCUUGCAACAACAGGUGGCUUAUUUGCAAGCUCAACUGAUGCAAGUGAAGGCUCAGCUAGCACAAAAUCUGAUUGAGUCAAGGAAUCAAGAAAAUCAAUGGCCAGGCUGCAACAUUAAUGGUGGAAUGGCAUCAUCAUUUCAAAAUUUUCCAUCAAAUUACAUGAAUUCUUCUUCGAUCUCACCUCAGAGCUCACUUGACUCAAUUGAUCAUCAUCACAGAAAUAUCGGCAUGCAAGAUUUUGAAAGCACCAGAGAUGAAGUCACAUUUCAAACAUAUUAUAGCAAGAAAAGACCUUCACAGACUGACUUGAGUGAGCUUCAAGCACUGGCUCUCAGAAUGAUGAAACACUGA